UUGUUUUUACCCUUUGGCUAUUAUGAUAAGGCUACUGGGAACCUUCAUGUGCAAGUUUUUGCGUGGUCAUAUGUUUUUCAUUUCCCUUGGGUAUAUAUCUACCAGUGGAAUUGCUGGGUUAUAUGGUUACUCUGUUUAACCUUUUGAAGAACUGCCAAAUUUUUCAAAAGCUGAUGUAUCAUUUUACAUUUCCAACAGCAGUUGGAAUGAUUUAGGUCAUUCAGGUAUGACCUAAAUCAAACCUCUUAUGAUUAUACAGUGGAAGUGAGAAAUAGAUUUAAGGGACUAGAUCUGAUAGAGUGCCUGAUGAACUAUGGACAGAGGUUCGUAACAUUGUAUAGGAGAUAGGGAUCAAGACCAUUCCCAAGAAAAAGAAAUGCAAAAAAAGCAAAAUGACUGUCUGAGGCCUUACAAAUAGCUGUGAAAAGAAGAGAAAUGAAAAGUAAAGGAGAAAAGGAAAGAUAUUCCCAUUUAAAUGCAGAGUUCCAAAGAAUAGCAAGGAGAGAUAAGAAAGCCUUCCUCAGCGAUCAAUGCAAAGAAAUAGAGGAAAACAAUAGAAUAGGAAAGGCUACAGAUCCUUCAAGAAAAUUAGAGAUACCAAGGGAACAUUUCAUGCAAAGAUGGGCUCAAUAAAGGACAGAAAUGGUAUGGACCUUACAGAAGCAGAAGAUAUUAAGAAGAGGUGGCAAGAAUACACAGAAGAACUGUACAGAAAAAGAUCUUCAUGACCCAGAUAAUCACAAUGGUAUGAUCACUCACCUAGAGCCAGACAUCCUGGAAUGGGAAGUCAAGUGGGCCUUAGGAGGUAUCACUACAAACAAAGUUAGUGGAGGUGAUGGAAUUCCAGUUGAAUUAUUUCAAAUCCUAAAAGAUGAUGCUGUGAAAGUGCUUCACUCAAUAUGUCAGCAAAGUUGGAAAACUCAGCAGUGGCCACAGGACUGGACAAGGUCAGUUUUCAUUCCAAUCCCAAAGAAAGGCAGUGCCAAAGAAUGCUCAAACUACUGCACAACUGCACUCAUUUCACAUGCUGGGCUUCAGCAAUAUGUGAACCGUGAACUUCCAGAUGUUCAAGCUGGGUUUAGAAAAGGCAGAGGAACCAGAGAUCAAAUUGCCAACAUCUGCUGGAUCAUCAAAAAAGCAAGAGAGUUCCAGAAAUACAGCUAUUUCUGCUUUAUUGACUAUGCCAAAGCCUUUGACUGUGGAUUACAAUAAACUGUGGAAAAUUCUUUUAAGAGAUGGGAAUACCAGACCACCUGACCUGCCUCUUGAGAAAUCUGUAUGCAGGUCAGGAAGCAACAGUUAAAACUGGACAUAGAACAACAGACUGGUUCCAAACAGGAAAAGGAGUAGUCAAGGCUGUAUAUUGUCACCCUGCUUAUUUAACUUAUAUGCAGAGUACAUCAUGAGAAACACUGGGCUGGAGGAAGCACAAGCUGGAAUCAAGAUUGCCGGGAGGAAUAUCAGUAACCUGAGAUAUGCAGAUGACACCACCCUAUGGCAGAGAGUAAAGAACUAAAGAGCCUCUUGAUGAAAGUGAAAGAGGAGAGUGAAAAAGUUGGCUUAAAGCUUAACAUUCAGAAAACUAAGGUCAUGGCAUCUGGUCCCAUCACUUCAUGGCAAAUAGGUGGGGAAACAGUGGGCAUAGAGGCUGACUUUACUUUUUUGGGCUCCAAAAUCACUGCAGGUGGUGAUUGCAGCCAUGAAAUUUAAAGAUGCUUACUCCUUGGAAGGAAAGUUAUGACCAACCUAGACAGCAUAUUAAAAAGCACAGACAUUACUUUGUCAACAAAGAUCCGUCUAGCCAAGGCUAUGGUUUUUCCAGUAGUCAUGUAUGGAUGUGAGAGUUGGACUAUAAAGAAAGCUGAGCGCCGAAGAAUUGAUGCUUUUCAACUGUGGUGUUGAAGACUCUUGAGAGUCCCUUGGACUGCAAGGAGAUCCAACCAGUCCAUCCUAAAGGAGAUCAGUCCUGGGUGUUCAUUGGAAGGACUGAACUGAAGCUGAAACUCCAAUAUUUUGGCCACCUGAUGCAAAGAGCUGACUCAUUUGAAAAGACCCUGAUGCUGGCAAAGAUUGUAGGCAGGAGGAGAAGGGGACAACAGAGGAUGAGAUGGUUAGAUGGCAUCACUGACUCAAUGGACAUGAGUUUGGGUAAACUCCGGGAGUUGGUGAUGGACAGGGAGGCCUGGCGUGCUGCGGUUCAUGGGGUUGUAGAGUCGGACACGACUGAGCGACUGAACUGAACUUUCUUCACACCCAUACCAAUACUUGUUAUAGCUAUCCUCCUGGGUCUGAAGUGAUAUCUCCAACAUUUUACUGGUGGCUAAUAAUACUGAGCAUCUUCUAAUGUGUUAAUUGGUCAUUCAUGUAUCUUCUUUGAAGAAAUGUCUAUUCAGAUCCUUUGCUCAUUUUUGAAUUGAUUGUCUUUUUAUUACUGAGUUGUAAGAUUCAGUGAAAAACUUGGGAAGGAUGAAUAAUAAAAGCUAUCAUUUGGAGUCAGCUUGGCAAAAAAGGGGAAAUAAAUAGUAUCCCUAUUUUACAGACGAGGUAAUGUCCAGUAAUGACAGUGAGUGGCAGAGCUAGGAGUCAAGCUAAGUUUGGCUUCAGAAACCUAGAUCUUAGUCUUAACCAAGAAUGGACAGUGGUUCCCUCAACUCUUCUAGCUUAAUGCCUUGCCCCGGAUUCUAAAUUACUAUACUCUCCCAUUAAACUCCUCAGGCCAGCCCUGCGUUCCUUGCCGAACUUCCUCGGAGGCGCCAGCAGAUGGCGACGAAGAUCCCUGUGGGUCGCUCUAUCCGUCGCUCGCACCUCUGUGGUGCCGGGCCGCAGGCGCCGUCGCUGCACUUCCGGGCGCCAUUCAAGGAUGCAGAAGAUCUCAGUGCUGCUUUUCCUGGCCUGGGAAGACGUGUGGUCUUCAUGGGAGAUGAAACCUGGAAUGAUCUUUUCCCUGGAGUUUUCUCCCAAGCUUUAUUCUUCCCAUCCUUCAAUGUCAGAGACCUAGAGACAGUGGACAAUGGCAUCAUGAAACACCUCUACCCAACCGUGGACAGUGACAAAUGGGACGUGCUGAUUACUCACUUCCUGGGUGUGGAUCACUGUGGCCACAAGCAUGACCCUUACCAUCCUGAAAUGGCUAAGAAACUUACCCAAAUGGAUAAAAUGAUCCAAUUUCUUGAUCCCCCCAGGGGACUUGUGAAGCGUCUGAAGAAUGACACACUGCUGGUCGUGACUGGGGACCAUGGGAUGACCAUCAGUGGGAACCACGGAGGAGAGAGUGAGCUGGAAACCUCAGUUGCACUUUUUCUAUAUAGUCCCAGAGCUCUCUUCCCCAGCGCUCCUGCAGAGAAGCCAGAGAUAAUUCCUCAGAUCAGUCUUGUGCCUACGCUGGCCCUGCUGCUGGGCCUGCCCAUCCCAUUUGGAAACAUCGGGGAGGUGAUAGCUGAGGUGUUCUCAGAGAUUGAAGACUCCCAGCCUCGCUCCUCUGCUCUGGCCCAAGCCUCAGCUCUGCAUCUCAAUGCCCAGCAGGUGUCCCGAUUUCUUCACACCUACUCAGCCACUGCUCAGGACCUUCAAGUACAGAAGCUGCAUCGAUUGCAGAAGCUCUUCUCCAAGGCUUCUGCUGACUACCAGCGACAUCUGCAGAGCCCCCAGGGGGCUGAGGCAGCGCUCCAGACUGUGAUUCCCGAGCUGCAGCAGUUCCUGCGGGGAGUUCGGGCCAUGUGCAUUGAGUCUUGGGCUCGUUUUUCUCUGGUCCGCAUGGCAGGGGGUGCUGCUCUUUUGGCUGCUACCUGCUUUCUUUGCCUACUGGUAUCCCAGUGGGCAGCAUCCCCAGCCUUCUAUUUCGGCCCUCUCCUAAAACCCAUGGCCUCGGGUCUGAGUGGGGCCAUGGUGUGUGCUGGACUCCUGGCAUCUACUGGGCUGAAGCUGGAUUUCGUGGUUGUAGGGGCCAUGGCUGCAGUGGGCUCACUCCUGCCUUUUCUGUGGAAAGCUUGGGCGAGCUGGGGAUCGAAAAGGCCCCUGGCAUCUCUCCUUCCCAUGCCCGGGCCAGUCCUGUUGCUCCUGCUCUUUCGCUUUGCUGGUUUCUUCUCCGAUAGCUAUAUUGUAACCGAGGCCAGGGUUGCCCCCUUCCUUUUGAUCUCACUCAUCUUGCUCCUGGUUGCCCGACUUCACUGGGAGGGCAAGCUGCUGCCACCUAAGCUACUCUCGAUACCUCGCCUUGGCUUUUUGACUCCAACAGGCCCUCCGCAGUACAGUGCCAUGCAUGCCGUGGGACUUGGAGUUGGGUUGCUUUUAUGUAUAAGGCUAGCAGGACUUUUUUAUCGCUGCCAUGAAGAGACACCUGUUUGCAGCUCCUCUCCCUUGCUGAGUCCCUUGCGAUCCACAGUGGGCGGUCGAGCCAAGAAUUUGUGGUAUGGAGCUUGUGUCGGGGCACUGGUGGCCCUGUUAGCCUCUGUGCGGCUGUGGCUUCGCUGCUAUGGCAAUCUCAAGAGCCCUGAGCCCCCCAUGCUCUUUGUGCGCUGGGGGCUGCCCCUAAUGGGGCUGGGCACUGCUGCCUACUGGGCAUUGGCAUCAGGGGCAGAUGAAGCACCCCCACGUCUCCGGGCCCUGGUCUCUGGGGUGUCAGUUAUGUUGCCUCGGGCUGUGGCAGGGUUGGCCGCUUCAGGGCUCCUGCUGCUGCUCUGGAGGCCUGUGACAGUGCUGGUGAAGGCCACAGCAGGUGCUCCGAGGGCCAGGACUGUCCUCACUCCCUUCUCAGGCCCCCCCACUUCUCAGGCUGACCUGGAUUACGUGGUUCCUCAAAUCUACCGACACAUGCAAGAGGAGUUCCGGGGCCGGCUAGAGAGGACCAAAUCUCAGGGUCUGCUGACGGUGGCCGCCUAUCAGUUGGGGAGCGUCUACUCAGCUGCUGUGGUCACGGCCCUCACUCUCUUGGCCUUCCCACUUCUGCUAUUGCAUGCAGAGCGCAUUAGCCUUGUGUUCCUGCUUCUGUUUCUGCAGAGCUUCCUUCUCCUGCAUCUGCUUGCUGCCGGGAUACCCAUCACCACCGCUGGUCCUUUCACAGUGCCGUGGCAUGCAGUCUUUGCGUGGGCCCUCAUGGCCGCACAGACCUUCUACACCACCGGCCACCAGCCUGUCUUUUCAGCUAUCCAAUGGCAUGCAGCCUUCGUGGGAGUCUCAGAGAGUCGUGACUUUACCUGGCUGUCUGCUUUCCUGGUGGGAGCCAACACCUUUGCCUCCCAUAUUCUCUUUGCAGUAGGUUGCCCGUUGCUCUUGCUCUGGCCCUUUCUGUGUGAGAAUCAAGGAUCCCGGAAGAGGCGGCAGCCCCCAGGAAAUGAAGCUGAGGCCAGAGUCAGGCCUGAGGAGGAGCAGGAGCCACUGAUGGAGAUGCGGCUCCGGGAUGCACCUCACCACUUCACUGCGGCACUGCUGCAGCUGGGCCUCAAGUACCUCUUUGUCCUUGGUAUUCAGAUUCUGGCCUGUGUCUUGGCAGCCUCCAUCCUCCGCAGGCAUCUCUUGGUCUGGAAGGUGUUUGCCCCCAAGUUCAUUUUUGAGGCCGUGGGCUUCAUUGUGAGCAGCGUGGGACUUUGUCUAGGCAUAGCUUUGGUGAUGCGAGUAGAUGGUGCUGUGAGCUCCUGGUUCAGGCAGUUAGUUCUGACCCAGCAGAAAGCUGGAGAAAAAUCUAGCCUGGUCUAUACGGGUGCUGGAUCAUCUGCAAGAGAGGCUCAGCCACACCUCUUACCGUCAUGCAGCCAGGAACCACUGACAUCUGGGACUUCAUUAUUUUAUAAUUCAAGAUCAUAGUGGAGCCUAAUUCCUGACUCCUGCAUUGGAUACAUCUGAGGAACUGAGGGGCUGUCUCCAAAGUGGAAUAAAAUAAUAAUGUAAA